CCUGUCCGGACGGCCACGCCGGGAACCUUUCCCGCCCAAGCAAACCCAAACCACCGCCCGCCCCCGCCGCCGCCGCCGCCGCGAUGGAGCUCUCCGCCGCCUUCGAGGAGCGCGUCCGGCAGAUGGAGGACGCGCGCAACCACCGCCUCGCCCUCCUGCACGCCGAGAAGGAGAUCCAGGCCGCCAAGUCCCGCAUCCUCGCCGCCAAGCUCGCCGCCGCGCGCCGGCUCGAGCGACGCCGCCUCCUCCUCGAGCGCCGCGCCGCCGACGUCGCCUCCCGGGCCCUCGCCGCCCGCGCCGACAUCGACGCCGCGCGCCUGCGCCGCCUCGCCGCCGCCCGCGAACUCCGCUCGGUGAGGGAUGAGAUCGAGGAGGCGAAGCGGAGGGAGGAGGACUGGGACCGCUUCUACGAGGCCAAGCGGAAGGAGAUGGAGGAGUUCCAGGCGGUGUCGCAGCGGUUCGAGGCGGAGACUCGCGAGGAAGUGCAGAGACUCAGGGAUUUGGUAUCUCAAUUGAAAUCUACACUGCAAGAGCUGCAGAGCAGCGAGAUGUACUCCAACAACGCCGAGAUUGAUGCUGCAGAAGCCAGGAAGUCUGAUCUGAUUGCCAAGAAGGCAAAGCUGGACGAGAGCCUGGCUUCAGCCCGCCAGUUCAGAGCGCUGCUUCAGCAGCAGCUCCAGAAAGCUUUCCAGUCAGAGGUUGGGGAUCAAAACACAUUUGAACUCCAGUUCCAAUCCUGCGUAAGGAAAACGAGGACCGAGGACGUCUGCGUCAGUACUCCCAGUGAUUUUGCUCAUGCUUGAUGCAUCGGCGUACAGGUGAAAGAAAUUUGACAUGAAUACCGAGAGAUAAUAGGCUUCAUUUCGGUUGUUCGCUGAAGAACACUUACUACGAUUCUAUGGUACUUUUGCACGGCGAUGGAAGCCUGUUA